ACCUGGGCGGGCUGUGGAGAGAUUCGGUCCAAUGGAAAAGAGGAGCUCAGGCCCCCUCGGCCCCCCAGGUCGCCGGGAAUCUCUUUGCGCGAGUCCUGGGCGGAGUUUGAGAAAGGGGCAGGGCACUAACCGCGGCAGGGGUGAAGUCUCCCCGACCAUGACCUCCCACGGUCAGGAUUCCACCACCAUCAGGCAGCGAAGGAGUAGGCACAACCCCCACUCUCCCCCUCAGGACUCCAGCAUCACCUCGAAGCGAGGUAUUAAAAAGGGUGCUGCACUCCACUCCAGCCCCAAUCUAGCAGAGGUAAAGAAGAAAGGCAGAAUGAAGAAGCUCAGCCAAGCGACCGAGCAAGACCUAGUCGUGGGGCUGCAAGGACUGGAUCUGAACCUUGAGGCCAAGAUACUGUCUGGCACUGGCUUGGUGUUUGAUGAACAGCUAAAUGAAUUCUACUGCCUCUGGGAUGACAGCUUCCCUGAAUGCCCUGAGCGGCUCCAUGCCAUCAAAGAGCAGCUCAUCCAGGAGGGCCUCCUCAACCGUUGUGUGUCCUUUCAGGCCCGGUUUGCUGAGAAGGAAGAACUGAUGUUGGUUCACAGCCUGGAAUACAUUGAUCUGAUGGAGACGACUCAGUACAUGAAUGAGGGGGAACUCCGCAUUCUAGCAGACACCUAUGACUCAGUUUAUCUACAUCCGAACUCAUACACCUGUGCCUGCUUGGCCUCAGGCUCCGUCCUCAGGCUGGUAGAUGCAGUUCUGGGGGCUGAGAUCCGGAACGCCAUGGCCAUCGUCAGGCCUCCUGGACACCAUGCCCAGCAUAGUCUCAUGGAUGGGUAUUGCAUGUUCAACCAUGUGGCUGUGGCUGCCCGCUAUGCCCAACAGAAGCAUGGCAUAAAGAGGGUCCUUAUCGUGGAUUGGGAUGUGCACCAUGGUCAGGGGACACAGUUUGCCUUUGACAAGGAUCCCAGUGUCCUGUAUUUCUCAGUCCACCGCUAUGAACAUGGUCGGUUCUGGCCCCACCUUAAGGCCUCUAACUGGUCCACCACAGGUUUUGGUCAAGGUCAGGGAUAUACUAUCAAUGUGCCUUGGAACCAGGUGGGGAUGCGAGAUGCUGACUACAUCGCUGCUUUCCUGCACAUUCUGCUGCCAGUGGCCCUUGAGUUUCAGCCCCAGCUGGUCUUGGUAGCUGCUGGAUUUGAUGCACUUCAAGGGGACCCCAAGGGGGAGAUGGCCGCCACUCCAGCAGGCUUUGCCCAGCUAACCCACUUGCUCAUGGGCCUGGCAGGAGGCAGGCUGAUCCUGUCUCUGGAGGGUGGCUACAACCUCUGCUCUCUGGCUGAGGGUGUCAGUGCCUCCCUCCACAUACUUCUGGGAGACCCUUGCCCCAUGCUGGAGUCCCCUGGCGCUGCUUGCCCAAGUGCCCAGACAUCGAUCUCCUAUACUCUGGAUGCCCUGGAACCCUUCUGGGAGGUCCUUGUAAGACCAGUUGAGACCCUGGAGGAGGUCAACAUAGAGGGGAUCUACAUGGAGAAGAAGAAGGCGGCGGAACCAUGGCAUCCCCCUGAGCUCCCAGUCCUGAAGUGGCCAGUGCUGCAGCCUCGCACAGGGCUGGUCUAUGACCACCGAAUGAUGGACCACUACAACUUGUGGGACAGCCAUCACCCAGAGAUGCCCCAGCGUGUUUCACGUAUCAUGUGUCGUCUGGAGGAGCUGGGCCUUGUUGGGCGCUGCCUCACUCUGCCUGCUCGUCCAGCCACCGAUGCCGAACUGCUCACCUGCCACAGUAUGGAGUAUGUGGAUCGUUUACGCUCCACGGAAAAGAUGAAAGCCCGGGAGCUGCAUCGUGAGGGCGCCAACUUUGACUCCAUCUACAUCUGUCCUGGCACCUUUGCCUGCGCACAACUGGCUGCUGGCUCUGCCUGCGAGCUGGUGGAAGCAGUGCUGUCAGGAAAGGUUUUGAAUGGGGUUGCUGUGGUGCGCCCCCCAGGACACCAUGCAGAGCCAGAUGCCGCUUGUGGUUUCUGCUUUUUCAACUCUGUGGCUGUGGCUGCUCGCCAUGCCCAGACUAUCAGUGGUCGUGCUCUGAGGAUCCUGAUAGUGGACUGGGACAUCCACCAUGGUAAUGGAACUCAGCGUAUAUUUGAGGACGACUCCAGCGUGCUGUACAUCUCCCUGCACCGCUAUGAUCAUGGCACCUUCUUUCCCAUGGGAGAUGAAGGUUCCAGCAGCCAGAUGGGCAGGGCUGCUGGCACAGGCUUCACUGUCAAUGUGGCCUGGAAUGGGCCCCGCGUGGGUGACGCUGACUACUUAACUGCCUGGCAUCGUCUAGUGCUCCCCAUUUCCUAUGAGUUUAAUCCAGAGCUGGUGCUAGUCUCAGCUGGCUUUGACGCUGCACGGGGGGAUCCUUUGGGAGGCUGCCAGGUGUCACCCGAGGGCUAUGCCCACCUGACCCACCUGCUGAUGGGCUUGGCCGGUGGCCGGAUUAUCCUAGUCCUAGAGGGUGGCUAUAACCUGACCUCCAUCUCAGAGUCGAUGGCUGCCUGCACCCGCACCCUCCUAGGGGACCCACUGCCCCUACUGACCCUGCCACGGCCCCCACUAUCAGGGACCCUGACUUCGAUCUCUGAGACCAUCCACAUCCAUCGCAGAUACUGGUGCAGCUUACGGGUUAUGAAGACAGAUGACAAAGAGGUUCCCUCCACUUACAUGUUAAUCACCAAGAAUACAUCCCAACCUGCUGAACCUGACUCACAUGAGGGGGUAACCGUGCCAAGAGGAGGGGACAUUCUGGAAACAGGCAUGGGGAAGACCACUUCAACAUCAUCUGUGGAAGAGUCCACUGCAGGUCAGACUAAGUCAGAGACAGCUGUGGUGCAGCUCACUCAGGACCAGUCCUUGGAGACAGCCACGGGGGAAGCCACACUGGACCAGACCCCCUCAGAGACAGCCAUGGGGGAAACCAUGCUUGGCCAGACCGCUCCAGCCUUGUAUACUAACAACGAGACUCCCCCAACUUCACCCGUGCAAGGAGCCACACCCCUGUUAUCCCCCAGUGAGCUGAUUGGGAACCUCAGGGCUUUGGAACUAGGCAAGAAAACUCAGGAAGUCCUAGAGUCCCAGAACCCAGAAGAGGAGAGUCUACCAGGAGGCGUGACUGGAGGUCAGGACAUGAAUGAUUCCGUGCUAAUGCAGGCCUUUGGGAGCCAUGCUGAUACUGACCAGCCCACAUUUUAUGCUGUGACACCACUGUCCUGGUGUCCCCAUUUGGAGUUCAUAUGCCCUGUACCUGCGGCAGGCCUAGACGUGACCCAACCUUGUCAGGACUGUGGAAUGCACCAGGAGAAUUGGGUGUGUUUGUCUUGCUAUCAGGUCUACUGCGGUCGUUUCAUCAACGCGCAUAUGCUCCAACACCACGAAGCCUCAGGACAUCCUCUGGUACUCAGCUAUGUUGACCUGUCUGCCUGGUGUUACUACUGUGAAGCCUAUGUCCACAACCAGGCUCUGCUAGAGUCAAAGAACAUCGCCCACCAGAACAAGUUUGGGGAGGAUAUGCCCCAUGCACACUAAGUCCCAGGAUGCACUCCUGUUCACCUACUGAGAAGCAAAGUAGACCAUCCUUAGUUAAUUCCAACCUGUACCGCGGAUGAGGGGCAGCCUCACUCCAUCCCAUCCUGAACUCCCCAAGAGUUAUAAUACCCCAAAGGUGCUGAUUGAAGUAUAAAUAUUUGUAAGAAGACUGUGAUGAUCAGUUGUAGAUCACCUGUCCACACCUGCCUGAGGGACUCCAUCUCCUCUGCCCCAGAAGAAUAGAGGAAGCAGCUCAGUGGCCCAAAAAGAACCUGAUAUCACAAAGACAAGGACAUUGGAGGGGCGCAUGAAAUGGCAGAUGUGUAAGGUUGCGUAUAUAAUAAAGUACAAGCUGUUACAAA